AUGGCUUUUAAUGGACCCAUCGAGGAGGCUUUUCCAACACCUGAUGCUGUAGACCGAUCUACAGUUUCGCACGUACAGAAAGGCUUCAAAAUCAGCGCGCGAAAGCUACCUAUCUCGAAGUCUGGGCCGAUCGAUGAAAUGUCCCACCGAUUGGGGAUUCCAGUCCCAGAGAUGAUCUUUGGUGACAACAUGGUCUCGAUCGAACACGUUGCUAGCGGAUGGCGGCUGGAGUUUAACGCAUACGAUGCCUUGGACAGAGUCGACAAGACGGACAAAAACAUGUUGAAAGUCGCUUAUUCGCAAGAGUGGUCGAGCAGCAGAGAAAAAACCCACGAAGGAAUCAAAGAGGUCGUGAAGCCAUUCGACUGGUCUUACACGACUGAUUACAAGGGCACGGUUAUAAAUGGACAGGGCUUCGAAUUCCAAACAGAAAAAGCAAAACCAAUUCCAAUAGAAUUGUUGAAGCGGCCGGAUCCAAUUCUUUUUUUCGAGGAGGUCGUGCUCUAUGAGAGCGAGCUUGAUGAUAACGGUAUCUCCGUCCUCUCCUGCAAAGUUCGCGUUAUGCCGGACAGGAUGCUUCUGCUCACUCGAUUAUUCAUGCGCCUCGACGGAGUUCUUGUCCGCAUCCGCGACACUAGAAUCUAUGUGGACUUUAACACACGUAAGAUCAUAAGAGACUAUACAGAACGGGAGGACGACUUCGAGAAAGUCAAGAAGAGUUUAUUGUUCUCGGGGAGAUUACCCGGCGACAUAACAGUCGCUUUGCGUGAUCCGAACCAAAUAUCCCACUUACUUCCAGAAGUUACACAUACAUUAGAAAGCCUAGCAAUUGCUUGA